CCUAAAAUAAUGAAGUGGAACGUAAAUCAAUCUGCAUUUUGUAAAGAUAGAUGCCAAUACUGGCCCUAUAGGUCAAUUCUUUCGUUAUAUACAAGUGAAUAUUUAAAUAUUUUGCUAUAUCUUCUUCAUAUGGAGAUAAUUAAGGUCUAAAAAUGCCCAUGACCAUCGAUCCCUCUUAAUUGACUGUCAAGGAACAAUCAAUAUUUUUAAACACGGAUUCAUUUUAAAAAUCCAAAUUCGUUCUACUUUCGUUUUAACGUUAGUACCGCAUGUUAUUUCUUGAAUAAUAUUAGUAUGGAACAGGGUUAGGAUUUGUUCCAGUGAUGGUAAAUAAGAAUGGACGUGUCUACACCUUCUUAUUAACUAAGCAAGUCAUAUGAUACUCAGAAAAAUGGCUGAAAAGGAUUUCCUGGCAGUUGUUGCCAUCGAUAUUGGAAGUGCUUUCUCUGGAUAUGCUUAUCAGUUUAGAGAGGACUUUGAAAAGGCGCGCACAAAGAAUAUAUACUCCUGUGUUUGGAGAAAUGGUUAUCAGGCGUAUGAAAAAACAGUUUCAAGCAUCCUGCUUAAUCCAGAUGGGAGUUUCAAUUCCUUUGGGUUUGAUGCAGAAAAUGUUUAUGCGGAAAUGUUUCGGAAAAAUGCUGAAAAAAAGUUUCAAGAUGAUAAAUUUCCAGAUAAAUCGCCUAAAGACUGGUUCUUAUUCAGAAACUUCAAAAUGGAGCUUUAUGGAAAAGAGGUUUUGCCUAGAAAAAUGAAAAUAAAGGACACUACUGGUAAAUCAUUUUCACUGCGAGCAGUCUUCAAAGAGUCCAUCAGAUUUUUCAAAGAGCAUGCUUUAGGUGCCAUUACAAGAAAAACAACCCUUCUCCCCACAGACAUGUCCUGGGUUCUGACCAUUCCUGCAAUUUGGAGCGAACCUGCUAAACAGUUCAUGAGGACAGCGGCAGAAGAGGCAGGUAUACCAGGAGAAUCGUUGAUGUUAGCUCUGGAACCCGAGGCCGCAGCCUUGUUUACAAAAGAACAAGAGUUGAUUCGACACACAGAAGAAGAAAGAGUUAAACUGGUGCCAUUUGUUCCAAAUUCAAAAUUUAUGGUGGUCGAUUUAGGAGGUGGAACAGGUGACAUCACCGUUCAUGAAGUUCAAGAAGACCACACACUUCACGAGAUCAACAUGGCGACGGGGGGACCCUGGGGUGGAAACAAAAUCAAUGAGGCUUUCUUGCGAAUCUGGAAAGACAUACUCCAGAACGAAUUUACUGAAUGUAUACAAAACCACCCCGAUGAGAUUUUAGAGCUGCAGCAAAACUUUGAAUUACAAAAGAGAAAAAUUGGUGAGGAAACAACCAAUGAAUAUUUAUAUAUCCCUCUUCCGGAAUGUCUACGUGAAGUUCCAAAAAUUGAGACGAAAUUGGAAGGAUCAACAAAAUAUCCUGGAAUUCGAGUCAGACGAGGAAAGGUAGAAUUCCCCUCAGAAAUGAUACAGGAUCUUUUCAUGGAACCUAUCCAUGACAUAAAUGGUCAAAUCGGUCAUUUACUGGAUCAAAGGGAUGUCGAUGCCGUCAUACUAGUGGGUGGAUUCUCAGAGUCGAAGCUCGUUUACAAAUCGAUCAAGGAAGAGAUCCAGCCAUCAGUCUUAAUUUUAAACCCACCAGAAUGCGGAUUAUCCGUGUUAAAAGGCGCUGUUUUGUUCGGAUUUCAGCCUCAACAGAUUUCAAAAAGAGUAAGUAGAUAUUCAUAUGGUUUCAGCAUUAGCAAACCUUUUGAUCCAGUUCUGUACGACAGGGAAAGAGAUAAGUUUCACAAAUUCAAUGGCCAAUUGGAAGACGUAUUUUUUGCCAUCGUCCGAGCGGGAGACUCGGUUCUUCCGAACGAGGUAAGAGAAUACAAAUGUCGACCAGCUGACUUUUCCUUAGAUUUUGCACUUGUGGAAUUCUAUGGAACAUUAGACAAAGAUCCAAAGUACGUUAGGGAUUCUGAAGUGUUCACCCCGGAGUUACCAUGUAAGCACAUUGGAGAUAUCAAAGUAGAAUAUGGAGAUAAGAGCAAUCUUGACAAUAAUGAAAUAAUUGUUAAAGUGGUGUUUGGUUUUACCCAACUCAGUGUUUCUGCUGAAUGCUCAAUUGCCGGAGAGAAAAAGCAAGUGAAUGCCCAUUUUGAAUUGCUCAAGUAGCUAAUGUCAAACAAUAGCUGAAAACAGGAUCCACUAAGCCAUGCAUUAUGUUGAGCACCUGAUCGUUAUGCUAACGCUAUAUAGAAGACUAAUCAAUUUGUCUGUAUACAAGGCAAAUUUAUGGUACGAAUUUAAAAUUCGUAUAAUUUAGAGUUAUCGAACAUUGCUGAGGAUCGGAGAUCGUUAAAAGGUGCCGAAAACAAAAGGUUUGGUCAGUAAGUAGCUCAAGCAAUGAAAAUGAAAGGUGUAGUUUUAGGAUUUUACCUGAUUGUUUUUGACUUCGUUAAAAUAUAUAAAGUCUGUUUUCAUAGUGAUUGAAAUGGGUCAUACAACGAAAAUCUAAAAUUUCUUUUGCUAUAUUUUUAUACGUUUUCCCAACUGAUAGAUUAGUCAGUAUAAAGAGUGUUUUUUUUUUAAAUUAUUAUUAUUUGUAAAUCAUAUCAUGUCAUAUCAUAUCAUUAAGCAAUGUUUAAUAUAGUUUUAUUUAUUUCUAUGUUAUUCUUUAUAUAAUUUCAUCAAAUAAUGGAAUGAACGUGCAUAACAUUUUACACGAAGAUAUGUUAAUUACGUGUGAUGUAUAAUCUCAUGUUAUUUUAAGAUAAUUAUUUGCUAUGCAUGUAUAUUAUA